AUGGUUUCCAUGUCAUCACCAUCAUUAUCGUCAUCAGCAACGAUGGAAACCUCUUGGUCGAAUCUACGGAGUGGCGACGUCUUGCUGAUGGACCGCAAGUGCAUGGCCAUGCGGGACCCUAUCGGUAUUGCCAUCUGCCUCCUCAACAAGACGGAGUGCCGAUACGACCAUGUUGCGAUGGUCAUGAAACUCAACGAGGAGCAGGUGCGGAAGCACCAACUAACAGGAGUCAUGAGUCACAAGGAUCCGGUGUCACCUUCUGGCACGUACGUCCUGGAAACAAACCUCAAUGGUGUUACGCUGCGUGCGUUGGAAAAUCGCCUAGCGCGGUCGUCGGCCAACCGAAUAUCAGCUCGCUUGCUCUGCAUGGAGUCCACUCGCGCGGAGCAUGAAAAGGUGCUGCUGGAGCACCUGGAGAAGGUACAGGAGUACCUCUAUAAGAACAGCGUCGUCGAUUUUGUCCCUUCGUUGUUGAGCACACCGGACAAGAUGGAUCGCAUAAAUGCGGCGCACAAGAUGAAUUUAAUUGCAAGGGAAGUGUCAAAAAUUGACCAACUCUUGCCUGUGGAACGUCGAAAUGAAGAUGUUGACCUUUUAAACCGCCUACGGGAGAUCUACCUUAAUGCCGCUGUGUUCCUCAGUGAUACAUACUUUCCCCAUUUGGAGCGUCUUGAUCGUGGUGAAUUCCCUUCCCUGAACUGGAAGAGUGGACACUUUGCAGUUGACGGUAGCAACACGGAAAUGGACCAGUUCUGUUCUGAGCUGAUUAUUCGUCUAUGGCAAGACAGUGGGCUAUUGUCUGGGUUCCCCCCAGCGUCAUCGUUUCGCCCCUUUGACUUUUUAGACGACUUGCGGUUCAAUUUCAUAGUCCCUGCGGUGUUCUUACCUGGCAUGGUCCAUUUAAAAGCGAAGGAUAGCUCUCUGGAGCCGAUGCGGCGGCCUGUAGAGAAUACUGCACCACAUUCAGUCGUGGAAUGUUUAAACUUUUACCACUCGAUUGCCGGUGGUGCGAUGAUCGACGAGGGUGUGGACUCUCUAUACAAGUGGCUAGUUCAAUCAAACACAAGUCGAGAUGUCAACCGCGACCUUGCACUCAAUAUCGUUUCCACGGGAGUGUUGUUUGCACUGUGUGGUUUGAUUUCCGCUCCUCUCCAACUACGCUGGAUGGAGUGCCAGUUAGGGGUUAUGUUGCUUCGUGGUAGCCUGUGGUCAUUGUCUGCUGGUAUGUUUGCGCGAGACUUACUCUGUGCCGCAACACAGGGCCUUACCGCGUGUGUGGCUCUUCGUUUCCUCUCUCAACAGCAGUCAGGCUUUCUACUGGGGUCGCCGCUGUUUAACACUACGUGGUUUGAUGCCCGUCAUCCGUAUUACUAUGUGUGCGCUGUGUGGUUCAUGGCAAACGCGGUGGCCCACAUGGUAACGACGCCUCUCGCAAAUGCGGUGGUUGCACAACACUUUGGCCCAGCAGUGCCGGGCCCGCGUUCACUGCGCACACUCCUGCGGGGCGCUGUGUCUCUUUUGCCGCUGGGUAUUAUUCUGCCAUAUCAGGCCGCCUGGGUGACGUGGUAUGAAACAGCGGGCUCGGCAAUUAUCCCGACACCCUCCUCCUUGCUGCGCCGGCGCACGGAGCUGAUUGACACCGACGAGUGGCGGCGCUUCAAGUGUAAGGCGCUGGGAGGGGCCUUCGCUGCCACAGCGGUUGUCGACUUGGUCGCCUACCCCCUACAGCGACGAAGUCUACGUUCGUUCCUCGCUCAGUUGUACAAACCCGCAUCUUCGCCCAGCUACGGCAGAAGACUCUACGCCGGGUACAGUUAUCGGUUUGCGGGAAACAUGGUAACAAUGUUCACGACGGCGGCCUGUUUGUCUUUCUUGGGGGUUCUUUGA